CUGCCUUCCACAUAAGCUGGUUUCCCAUAUGCGUCGCUUCAGACUCCGCCAGGUGAUCGAUGGAUCUCCAUCUCUUCAACUGAACAUCACUGGAAGUCCAGUGUAAGGAGGGACAUUGGUCUGACCUUGGAAAGCCCAUGACGACGAACCAGGAAACCAUCAGUGCAGGGUCCAAAGACUGACACGUGAUCCGCGGGGUACUUGGACAAACAUCACGUGAUGUCCAACAAAGCAGAUAUUCGUUGAGCCAUUCGACGACACUUUUCAUCCAACCAAGGGCACCCAGGGGACUGCGACGCUUGUACACUGCUAUAACAUCGAAUAAGAUACAGUGCUCGUUUUCUGCUAUCUGAGCUGUCCAGGGCGUUGUCGUGUUCCCUUGUUCUGUUGUACGGCAUAUCUCGCUUCAUCUCCAAAGGCAUGGCUUCGACAUCUGAAUUCGAUCUCAUCAUGGAAAGGUCGCAAGAGUGGAAAGAAGUCAGGAAGGAAAUGCACGAAGCCAUUGCGGCGAAAGAUGAGGCUCGUGUUCGAAAGUGCCUGGAUGCUGCACCUGCAUUGAAACUGUGGUUGGACCCUGUGAAAGAUAAGUCAGCUCGUAACAAAGCAGUUAAAAAGAAAGCCAUUCGUAUUCAUGGCCUCUUAGUCUCGCGUGAAUGUGGACUCAAGAACGACAGAGAAUCAUCUUGUUAUCAAGGUCUCACACGCCUUGAACGAGCUGAAAUUCGACGGCAACGAUAUUACACCACAGAAUGCGCGGGCUCUUACAUCGACUAUUUGAAAAGUAAAUCACGGAGUCAAACCAAAUGUGAUCACUUCAAAGGACGACUGAAGAAGAUGUUGAAAUAUCUCUCCAGCGAUGAAUUAAACAGGAAUAUUCUCAAAGUGGCUGCAACAGCGCCGCAUCUAGAAAUAAUGUUCGACUACAACAGUAAAAACGUUCAAGGGAUCACGGGAAGUUGCAACAGAGGCGACAUCGGCCUUACUUACUACGAAGAACAAAGAGUUUUUGUUGCGGGCCGAGCUGAAGAAGCCGCAGUCUGGGGAACGCUUAUCCACGAGUUAUGUCAUAUGGCACUUUUUCUAGUGUAUAGGAACGAUGGCAAGCCUUAUUACAGUGACGAUACGGAGCGGGAACAGCAAUACAAAAACAUCUUGAAUAACAUAAAACCGAAGCAAAAAGAUAUGAACAUUCUCAUCCAGCAAGCUUUUAUGAGCAACAAGAAUGAAGAAGAAGAGUUAAUUGUACGGAUCCCUCACGUUCUGGUUCAAUAUGGUUGCGACGAAGGUCAUAGGAUUCUGGAACGAGAAGUACCCGAACUACUAAAUUUUUUCAAGGACCGUGUCAUCCCAGACAUGCGAGAAUACAUUAAGAGUGGAAUCCCCUCGGCAGACGCAGAAAAGAUCAGAGAAGGAAAUGCCACACUCCAAAGAUCUCUCAACAUUGGCGAACUUAACGUCAAAUUCGAGAAACCAUUAGAGAACAGUGUGUGGAACAAAGGGCCCCUUCACGUACUUACGGGUCCAGACGUAAGGCUUCUGGAAAUAAUGGUUCACGACGCCGUGAAUUCUUCGGGCCAGCCAUACUUGUUUUUCGAAACAUCCCAGAAGGAGUGGAAAGAUGUGUUAACGACCUACAAAUGUGCAUUUGUGCUCGUGACGGUUCGCCCUAACACAGAGUUCGGAAUGGAUCUCAAAUCUCUGAGUGAAGUGUCCCGUGUGACUGGAGCGAAAGUCAUCUUCCUUGUGGAAGACAAGGGCAUGGACUACUUGGUGAAGCAAGUGCAAGAAGACGCAUUCUUUGCCGCUGGACUUGUACAGCAUAACAUCCUUGAAGCAAGCUUUGAGCACGUCACACAUAGCUGCAAAAAAGGAGUUUUCGAAAAUUCCCGCCUAAAACUUCAGGGCCGAGACGUUUCUAAGCUUUCGGACGCAACGAAUAUAGAUACCUUCUUACAUUGCGUAGACACGGCGGUUUUCCUAAAGCUAUGCGAAUCGAAGAGCAUUGACCUGGGACCUCCUCUUCAUGAACUAGAAGAACGUGUUGAGAACUAUUACGUGAAAAGAGAGUGUAGAAGAGCCCUGGAAAUUAACUUGAAAGAAUGCAAUCUAAAAGACGACGGUGAGGCAUUCGCACUUCUGGGCUGUCCACACAAUCAGGUCGCAACACUUCUACCUCGCGGUUGUGAGUCAAAGGCCAAGGAGGAAUUAACGAAGUUCGAGAAAUUCGUACUCAUCCAAGAACCACGUGACUACGAAGCUCUCCUGGAACAGAAAGAUGGUCAUUUCGGAAAGAAAGUAGUGCACCUGCUAAAGUUCGACGAACCUCGUAAGAGACUCUUGUGGACAAAAUCAAAUGGUCCUCUCAGUCACCUUCCAAUGACGGGAAGUGAGAAUUACACUGAGGACGCGUUGUUAAACGUAAACGAGAAGGUUGUCAUAGUGUCUGGUGCACCAGGUAUGGGAAAGAGUAUGCUGGCAUCUCGGUUGUGCACAGAGUUAAAAAGUCAAGACAAGAAGAGGUGGGUGCUCUACGUCGACCUUCCUCAGAGAAUGGCAUUAGUGAAAACUUCGUCGCCUAGUCUGGGAUAUCUGGCGGAUCUGUGCGAAGUACAAAAAGAUGGGUUGGAGUUUGUCUUGUUCGAGGAAACCUUGAACAAUGAAAGCACUUUCGAAGUUGCUCUCAUCUUAGAUGCGUUCGACGAAAUCAACGAGAAAUGUCGCAAGUGCGUGCUGGAUCUUAUACUGUUUGUGGCUAAGACCAAAGUGUACAAGAUAUACGUUUUUACUCGCACUGUGUUUCAACGCCAAGCACAAGAUAACUUCCACACGGUGUCAUACGAACUUGAUCCUUUUUCUGAUAACAACCAGGAUGACUUCCUCGCAAAAUAUAGGGGCGAAAGAGAAACUUCAGGCACCAGGAAUGAUGAAUUUUUGCGUAUGUUCCAACAAAUGUAUGACUCUUUGCAGAAGAAAAACAAAACAAUCCUAGGAACCCCUCUCCUACUUCGCAUGAUGGCUGAGAUGAAGAAUGGGGAAAUUGCAGAGUUUGACGAUUGCUCUUCGCUUCUUAAUACUGCUGGCAUUUCUGGUGACAGGAGUAUAUACGUUAUACACGUGUACAAGAUGUUUGCCGAAUACAAGCACCUUGUACACAGAAAAGAAAAAAUGAAGGAAAACAUCUCCCUAAGUGCUGUGCGAGGGGAGAACCAUGACGCGAAGUCUUCAUUCUACGCAAACCAUUGUCUCCUCGCUAUGAAGUGUAUAUUUCCUCAGUACACCUUGGAAAUCUUAUUGAAUGAAGACGAAUUAAAGAAGUUAGAUCCUGAAGAAAGAUUGAUCAAGGGCGCUUGUGACAGUUGUCUGAAAGAAGGUUUUGUGAAUGGAAUUAACGACGCAGGAAUUCCUGAGUUCGCUCAUAAGACUUUCGCCGAAUUUUUCGUAGCUCACUAUCUCCUCGAGAAGGCAAAGAUAAGAACAAAAUCGAGCUACUGGGAAAAAGUCCUAGAAUUGUAUGGCAAAAAAGACUACGAGGGUGUAAUGCUGUUGUUCGAUGGACUGGCGUCUGAGUCCUGUCCACUUCACUCUGCUGUAAUAAACAACGACGCCUCAUAUUUUGAGCAACCCGGUGUCAUAAGCGAGGACAUGUCGAAGGUGGAUAAGCUCGAAAGGACGCCAUUGCACGUAGCAGCCCUGCAUUCUUAUGAAGCAACAUUGAAGAGGCUUCCAAUGGACGAUGCACUAAUUCAGAAUGAUUUGUUUCAAAUGUUACCGUUUGGGUACGCGGAGCUGAGUUGUCCAUGGGACGAGAAACGCGAUGGAGUGUGGAGGGACUGUUUGCGGACUGGGACUUCAGCUGUGAGAGAGAGACUCAACGUAUUAUACGCUCGACGCAGUGAGGAAGCAGUGAAACAUUCUACCGAAAAUCUGCGCACAUGUGAAACCUUGGAGCAAAAAAUACUUUUUCUCGAGCGAGCAAUAUUCACGGCUGUGAUACACGACCUACCAGGCGUUUUAGACGUGUAUCUGAGCUAUGUGUCCCCGAGAGAGAGUACACGAGAACUUGACAGAGACAUCAUGGACCAAUUAGAAUCACGCAAGAAACGAAGCUUGAGAUGUUCUGCAGAGUCUUCGGUAAUUGGAAACCUUGAUAGUUUUAGAGACAGUAGCAAUAGAACUGUUCCUUUUUACGCAAAGUCCGAGACUGUUUGUAAAAUGCUCCUUCCUUACUGCGAUAUGAGAAUUCUUGAUAUGGAUGGAAACACAAUGUUGCACGUUAGCGCGGAAGAAGGAAAUCUGGAGACAACAAAGUUUUACAUUUACCUCGCACAUUUAUCCGCUAACAAUAGAAAUAGAAAAUUUCAAACUCCUUUGCACUUGACAGAAGAUGCACAGAUUGUGACGCUACUUCUUCCUCUUUAUCCCUCAGUGAAUGUUCUCGAUUAUAAGCAACGAACUCCUAUGGAUAGAUGUGCAGAGAGAGAUGAUUUGGAGGCCAUGAAGUUGUUACUCCUUCGCACUCGGACAUAUGACGAACAUCACAUCAGGCUGAACACAACGCUUCAUGUGGCUUCUGCCUCUCUUUCCCUUAAAGCUGUGACGUUUCUUGUACCUCACACAAAUGUGCAUAUGCUUAACUACAGAGGAGAAACGUGCUUAGACGUUGCUAGGACAAGUUCGAAAUAUCUGUCGAGUUCGGUGUCCAACGUUGUCAGGUGUCUCAUCCCACACUCGCUCGUGAACUCACCUGAAACGUUCGGCUCAUCACCGUUGUACGUCUGGGCGAAAGAAGGUGGAACGAAAGAGAUGCAAACUCUAUGGCCUUAUUUGCGACACAGUGACCCUAGGCAUGCACGGAGGAUCAGCAAAAAGUCCGUGUAUGCGGAAUUGAAUUGGGAUUUCGAAGAAGAAAUUUCGUGUCUGAAACAUCUCUUCCUCCACUUAGAUGUCAUCGCUGGUGAUCCUGAUAGCCGCAAACUGCUACAUGAUACGGCCAAGGACAAGCUACGUGAGAUAAAAGAAGAAAAUCUCAUUAAUUACAUGAAGCUGUUACUGCCGCAUUUAAAUCUCACUGAGCAGGAUUAUGUAAAAUAUAGCGUAGGAAAUGAUGACAUUGUUACCUUAUAUCGGGGAUGGUCGCACAUGAAUAACACCGAUGAUCUCCACAUUGACGAUGUCAACGCGGAAAUGAUCGACGACGAUGGCAAUAUCAAGUUGCUAAUAGAAGCAGAGGGAGGUAAUGUGGAAGCUGUUAAGAUUCAUCUCUCCCCUUCAUCCGUGUGCAUAACAGAUGAAAAAGAGAACACUGCAUUGCACUUGAGCGCGAAGAAGGGACACGCGAAUGUGGUGAAGCUUCUCAUUCCUUUUUAUACAUCAGUGGACGUGAUCAAUGUGGAUCGAGAGACACCCAUGCAUGUGUGUGCCUUUAUAGGACACCUGGCAGUUGUGAAGUUAUUAUUACUCCGCUCUAGAAUGAGUUUCCAUGACGAGUAUGGAAUGACACCUCUUCAGUGGGCCUGUGAAAGUGAUGCCGUUGAUAUCGUGAACUUCCUUCUUCCCCACUCAUUCCCUAAUAUGCGUGACUGGUUGGGUUCCACGUGCUGCCCUCUUUCCGCGAUGGAAGAGGAAAUGAAUGUUGUGAGAUGCCUCAUCCCACACUCUCUUAUGAACUGUCCUAGUGGGACUGGUCAUUCACUUACGCAAAUCUGUGCAAGUUGUUAUAUGAGAGAACAGCUGGUGACAUUAUUGCCAUAUUCUUGUGAUUAUGACGCAGCGAGUUUAUUGACUAUUCUCCCGCUGUCAUUUCGUGAGGACGAUAUGAGUAUGAAAGCUACGUCUUGUCUGAAACUGAUGGUACUCCACUCAGAUGUCAAGGCAGUAGAUAAGUGUUUCCGUGCAACACUCAGCCGCAUUCGAGAGUAUUAUGAAAAGAGUAAUUUAUUGCUGUGUCCAACAGUGACUGAGAUGUCACUAUUCCUGAACUAUAUUCCUCUCUUGCUUGCACAUACAAAUGUUUCUGCUAAGGACGAUGAAGGCAAGAAACUAUUACAAGGAGCCCUCCGAAGUAGCGAAGAUCCCAAAUUGGUUAGCUUCCUUCAGAAAUGGACUCGCUUGAGUGACUUCCAUUCAUGAUGCUGACGAUUGUUGGCAACGGUUGUGGUUAAGCACCAAGUGCCACUGAGCUGUCAAUGGACACGAGCUCUGAAGAUGAUAUAGCAGUUUUAAUAGAGGUAUCAACAGCAGUAUACUGAGUCCUUGCCUUCAUCCGAGAAAGCACAAAUAUUCAUCCAGUGUCAAAAUGAAAGAAAAAAGAUCACUUUUCUGAUUUUUUGUGAUUGUGAUUAUGACUUACGCAUUUUAUUUCUUAUUCCUUAUGUUACAAAGUACUAUUCCGUAGUAGGUUCAUAAGGUGAUUUGAAAAUGUGUAAAAAAUGUGUCUAUUCCUAAUGUGCUAGUAAUAUGGUUAGCUAUGAUAUGCCACAGUAUUAGAAUACGGCUGCGUGCGAUUAUGUUUGGUGUCAAAUGUAUAUACCCAAAUGUCAAAUGUAAAUCAACAAAAGUGUUUUUCGCACAUUGGAGAAGGUUUAAUUCAAAUUAUUUUCGAACUCUCGCUCACUUCGCUGCAGAGUUGAAUAAAGUAAAUAUUGUCGAGCGAAACACAUGUGUGAUACAGUCGUACUUUUAUUACGACCAAAUAAAUGUACGGGUUCCAAAUUGCUUUUCCAGUUAUCGUUACAGAUUACGGAACAUAUUACUUUGAAGUAAUCAAGGUUCGUGUAAAGGAACCUCGACUGACUCAAAUAUGCCUGUUACAAAUUAGAUUUGUGUACGUGUGAUUAAAUGAUUAUAUGCAGUUGUC